AUGCCGUACUACCGAAACCGCCACGUGUCACCCGGACAAGCGCGCGUCCCAUUGGUAAAGAGGCAUGGGGAGGAGAUUGAUGGUGGGGAGGUGAAGCUGGGAGGGGCGACAGCAGCUGUUCUCGCUCGCCCGCAGCAUCAAUUAGAGCUGCUGCUAUUCGCACUGCUGACAGUGACCCUGGGAGUGGCCAACCGGGUGCUCUACAAGCUCGCGCUCAUUCCUUUGCACCGCUACCCCUUCUUCCUCGCCCAGCUCACCACAUUCGGUUAUGUAGCAGUGUAUUCAAUCAUCCUCCUCACCCGCACCUCCCUCAAUAUAGUCACACCCGACAUGCUCUCGCUGCCCAAGCGCCCCUUCAUGCUCAUGGGCUUGCUGGAAGCAGCGGGACUCGCAUUGGGAAUGAUGUCUGCUGCGCACAUGCCGGGAGUCCUCAUUCCAGUGCUAUCACAGAUCUUUCUGGUGUGGCAGCUCACCCUCUCUUCUAUCUUCCUCGGUCGCCGCUACUCGCCGCAGCAGCUUCUGGGAUGCUUCCUCGUGAUCGUGGGGGUUGCAGUGGUGGUGGUAACCAGUGGACCACCAUUGCAUCAUGUAUCCACACUAUUGUCUUCUUUGUUAACAGCAAAGGCAAUCCAGUGGCCCCUCCUCUUUAUAGUAUCCACUGUGUUUCCAGCAGCAUCCUCUAUUAUUAAGGAGUCUGUAUUUAGAGAUUCAGCCAAGAAGCUCAAUGGUCGCUCACUGGACAUAUUUGUUGUCAACACCUUCGGAUCAUCUUUCCAGGCGCUUUUCAUCCUCAUCCUGCUGCCGCUCAUCUCCUCUCUGGGGUACAGAAUCCCUCCUGCGCAGCUUCCAGGCUACUUCCGGGAAGGUGCUGCGUGCCUUCUUAACUUCAACCAGAACAUUCCAGGUUGUCAGGGAGCGCCGCUCCUCCCGCUGCUCUAUGUUGCAACGAAUCUUGCCUUCAACAUCUCGCUGCUGGCUCUUCUCAAGAAGUCGUCUGCAGUAGUCGCAUCUCUCUCCAUGACCCUCACAGGUAUUAAUGUGUGA